AACUGCUUAAUUAUGGCCCAGUGGUCGGAGAUGACUAUUCUACUGACUGGAAUGCAUGAAAACACAGUCACCAACCUGUAUCCCCCAAACCUCUUCCCAAUUGAAGCCCGGCAUUAUCUUGCUAGCUGGAUUGAAGAACAGAGCUGGGACGAUUUUUCCUUGGAAAAUACCGAGCAAGAGGCCAGGGCAAAGGCUCUUCUGGGCCAGAUACUUCAACUUUUGCAGGUGGUUUCUCAGCAGAAUGUGAGCAACAUAGUGGAAAAGAUGAAGCUGAUGCAGACGUGCAGGUCUUUGGUUGAUAAACCAGCUCUGGAGUUUGCUGUGAUGAUGAAAAACAUUCUGUGGAAAGAGAGGAUUUUAAUCAAAGAGUACAAGUACAAGGAAUGUAAGACAAGUCCUGAAGAAGAGGCUAUGAAUCAACUUAAUGAAAAGGUGGCUCAGGUUCAGGCGCUCAGAAAAAGGAUAAACACAAUGCAAGAAGAAUACAACUGGGAUAAGCAAAACUUCGAAAUUAAGAAAGCCUCGUUGACGCCAAAUGAAGUUACAAAGGAAACAAAGAAAGAGUUGGAGUCGCUCGUGAUGAAAAUCAAACAAGCUCAGUUUGAAAUGCAACGAUUAAGUAGGGAACGUUUUGAGGUGCUAAAGGAUUGUGUCGAUAAUUUGGCAAGAUGUCAGGAGGAAUUCUUUAACAAGUUGACUGUAUGGAAGAGUGAGCAGCACAAAUCCCUGAUAGGAUUUCCCUUUAUGGACGACCUCAGCCCUCUGCAGACCCGGGCUGAGCAGCUGUUUGCAGUGAACAGUAACCUUAACCAGGAGGUUUCACUGAUUCCUGAGCACAUCCAAGACAUCAGAGAAAGGCUGCAUAAACUUCUUCAGCUUCUGCUUCAAAGCUCUUUUGUAGUUGAAAGACAGCCCCCUCAGGUCAUUAAAACCCAGUCAAAGUUCUCGGCAACUGUGAGAUAUCUGCUGGGAGAAAAACUAGCACCUGGAAAGCCUGUGCAGGUCACUGCAGAUAUUGUUAAUGAACAGCAGGCCAGGAGCAUGACUAUUGAACAGAGUGAGAAUGUUGGGGAGCUCAUCAACAAUACAUCGGUCAUGGAUAAAAACACAGCCACCAGGACCACAAAUGCUACCUUCAGAAACAUGUCCAUAAAGAAAAUAAAACGAGCAGACAGAAAGGGAGCUGAAUCAGUGACAGAGGAGAAGUUUGCACUCCUGUUCACCGCAAAAAUCUCCAUCUCUACUAAUGAUGCGUUUUUCGUUGUAAAGAUAAUCUCCCAGCCUGUGGUCGUCAUUGUUCAUGGCAGUCAGGACAACAACGCGUUAGCCACCAUCAUAUGGGACAGUGCAUUUUCUGAACCAGACCGUUUGCCCUUCGUCGUCCCAGAUCGUGUACCUUGGAAGAUGAUGGUUGAAACUCUAGACAAUAAGUUUUGCUUAGACGUCCAGACAAAUCACCACCUUAACGCUUUCAACAAGCACUUCUUAGCCCAGAAGAUUUUUGACAGGCCUGAUUAUGCAGAUGACUUCAGCAACAUGAUGGUUUCUUGGUGCCAGUUUAAUAAAGAGAUCCUCGCACAGCGAAAUUUCACUUUCUGGCAAUGGUUUGAGGGAGCAAUGGAUCUCACCAAGAAACAUCUGAGGCCCUACUGGAGUGAUGGGCUUAUAUUUGGUUUCAUCGGGAAGCAACAUAUACAACAUGUUCUAAAACAGUGUACCGAUGGGACAUUCCUGCUGCGCUUUAGUGACUCGGAGAUCGGAGCCAUCACCAUCGCUUAUGUGACCUAUGAGAAUGGGAUGACGAUGUUCAAGAACCUUCAGCCUUUCACCAAGAGAGAUCUUGAGAUACGCUGCCUUGGUGAUCGCAUUCGAGAUAUUAACGAUAUAACAUACCUGUAUCCUAACUUGUCGAAAAAUGAGGCUUUCAAAAAGUUCUACACAGGGCGUCCACAGGCAACCAAUUCGGGCUACAUUCCGGUGUCUUUGCAGACUAAAGUUGGCCCUGAACUCGAAGUGCCAUCUACCGACGAUGACAAUUACUCAAUACCUUCACUUUCACCACCUUUGGAUGACUUGGGCCUCCCCAUUGUAUCCGAACUAACAGAUAUGGACAGCAACAGCAUGGAGCAAUUCGGCGAGGCAAUGGGGGCGUUACAGAUUCCUGACAGUGAUUCCCCGAAUGGUGCUGGCUUUCUUGAACCAAAUCCACCCAUGGAUUAUGAGUUUUUUAACCACCUGGCUUGUUAGAAAACUCUCCUGCUUUGCUGACUUUGAAGGUCAAAGCAGAAAUAAAGUCAAGACUGAAGACAAACUCAUCUUAUAAGACUCAAGUGCUUGUCCUAUUUUCUUCAUCAGGAUCUACAGUUUGAUCUGUUUGUAAAUAGAAACUUUAUAGAGGCUAAUGCUAUACCUCUGGUAAAGAGUGAUCAUAGCCACCAAAGCUAGAGUCUGUGACGGAAGUCGCCAAAUGAAAAUGGGUUACUAAAAGUUCAGCACCAGUCUAAAGUGUCCAAUAACAGGAUCCUUAGGGAUAUACAGUCAUAUUUAAUAAAUCAGAAUAUUACUUAAAUUGUAUUUAUUUCAGUAACUAUUUUCUCUCAGAAAAACACACUUUUUAAGAGUAACAAAGACCGAUGUUGUCAAGCCUUUAUUUCUUUGAAUUAUGAUUUUUUUUUCUCCACCUCCAACUAAUAAAAACGCACCAUUUAAGUUUAGACUAUUGCAUCAGACCAAUGAAAAAGAUGCAAAAAUGGGGACUUAAUGAAAAGCAUGUUUAAACGGCUUAAAGGUAUAAAUCCGUAUGGAUGUAUGUGUGUGUGCGUUUGUGCUUCAUUCGACCAUCACUGGUUCAAAAUCUAAAAUGCUUAGAUUGACAACUUGUGAACUGGAUUAUUCUUAAAAACAACAUAAAAAAUAAGCACUUGUGAAGUGAAUUUCAGCACCUGCAUUAUCUAACGGACUCCCUCUGAAGUGGGAGAGGGUCAAAAUUAUGCCCUAAAUGUAGAGAAAAAAACUAAUUGUGUUAAUGUUGAAUGAAAAAAAUGUUCUUGAUGCUUUUUACUGGUGCUGCUGCUUCAGUUACUUCAUUUAAAUUAAAUAUUCAUGUGACACCUCUCUGCCUUUCCAGUAUUCAUCUCCAUCGUUAAUCUGAGGGACCCAACAUGAUCAGUUUACUCUGAGUACUUUAAAUCAUAAACCCAUCAGAAUUUAUUGGCUUUUUUGUGAUUUCUUUUUACACUUCAUAAGCUUAUCUGUCUGAAACAUGAUUUGUGGAUUUUUUUCCCACUUCAUUUGUGUUCUUGCUUUGCUUGUAUGAAGCUAAGUAGGUGAAUUACUGCACAGCAGCAGGUUCGGGACGCUACAAUCUAGUGCACCCUAUUGGAUGCCACCUUCUUGUCAUUUUGCUAUUUGUUUUGUGUUGUUUGUGUUGAUUUCAUUGGAAUUGUAUUCUACAGUCGUAUAAUCAAUCAUUACUGACUAAAUACUUAAGCUUCAGCAUGGUGAACAUUUAACCACACAAUAAUAAACAAUAUGCAUGAAGCAGCUGGGGAUCAGAUGGAGUUGGUGUCCUUUGUUAAAGCUGAGUUUAGUAGCACAGGAAAUGUUAGGCUUUUCCGUCACUGCUGAAUGCAGAAAUAUACCAUGAUGAUGGCAGAUAGGGUAAUGGUGGUGGACGAGGCUUUAGUUACAUCUGUGAGUUAAAGCUGCAGCAAACACACUGUUAGAGUACAUACAUACAUACAUACAUACAUACAUACAUACAUACAUACAUACAUACAUACAUACAUUUAUCUCAUAAUAAUGCUCUAAUGUACAUACAUGACAUAUGAUCAGCUCAUCCAAAAGACACAUAGAUAUUACGCCCCGCACAAGAGUUAGCAUGUUAGGCCAACGCCAUACAGAUUCUGAAAUGUGCUGUUUUGUAAAUGAAUUACUGUAUAUUGAACUAUUUCACACUAUUAUAAGUGAUGUGCUUUUGACAAUUUUAACAGCGGAUAAGAUAAAGUUAAAUAAAAAAUUACAACUACAAUUAAAGAGUACAUUUUUCAAAAGUUCUAUUGAGACCAUGUGUAGCUGUUAUCAUACCCACAGUAAAAAAUAACUAGUGGUGGUCUAUUUGCAUCUUGUUUUAGUAUACAUGCAGAUUAGUCCCAUAUGCAACAGAUUUGAGAGAGUCAUCAAAAUACUUGGGUUUGGGGGUGUUGGGGGGUGGACAAACCUGUUUCUUUAAAUCUGUGUUUUAAAGAAAUCAGAACUUUCUCUUUUUAAAUAAAUAUUGUGAUGAAAAAUUUCUGUUAUUUUUUUGUUUUGUUUUUUGUUUUUGUUUUUUUACAGUUCUUGUGUUUUAAUUAGUGUCUUUUAUUUGAAUUGGAAAAUGUUAUGAAAAGUAUUUUCAUAAGCUAAGUUCAGGUUUUAACAGCUUACCCUGGAAGCCAUUAUUUUCCCAUGUUUUUAUAUACCAAUUUGUUCAUUGUUCCUUGUCACAAACAUGCUCUGUGUUUCACACAUGUUGGUUUUAGUAGACAUCAUUGUGAUGCAUAACCUACACAGAGCAUUUCAAUUUUAGUCAGUUUAUAAUUGAUAAAAAUAUUUGAGUAGAUUUAUUUACAAAUAUAUUCAUCCUCACAACUGUUACUUUCAUUAUUUCAAAAACACUGCAGUGUCUUUACAAGCAGUAGCAGAUAGACAGGUCACAAAAAUAGCCUUUCGGGUUUGUUUAUGUUAGUGGAACUUGGGCCAGAGAUGUAAAAUGUUACAUGUACUCCCCGUCUCAUAUGUCUUAAAGAUUUUCCUGUGCAGCAUAUGCAAAUGUACUUUGUUGAUUGUAUACACCGCAAAUAAAUAGAAAAGAACACAAACAAAAAA